GGCAACAGAGAAAGAAAGCCAUGGUAGAAACAGUUGCUAGAUUAGCCCAGUGGAAAAUCGACGACUUCGGACCUUGUUCCUACAAGAAAUCGGAGCCUUUCAAGGUCGGAAUCUGGAACUGGUACUUUUCAAUAGUGAGGAAUAGGUGCCUCUCCAUUUAUCUUUUUCCAGAACCUUCUAAGGAACAUCCACCUUUUGCUCGAUUCAUUCUCCGAGUCUCCAAUGCCGGCUCAUCCCGCAGGUUUCAUAUUUCCCCUGUUCAUGAAAGGCUGCUUAGGAAUCAUGAUGACUUUGUCUGGCAUGUUGAUACUACUUUUGUUGGCCGCUUCAUUAUUGAUGUUGAGUUUCUAGACCUGAAGAUAAGCCCCCUGAAUGGUGGAGAAGCACGUUCAAUAUGGCCAUCUGAUGGAAAUUUGCAAUCCAUUAUAGCUCAAAGUAGUACACUUCGUUGCCUUGCUCGCAUGCUUGAUGAGGCUAUACAUGCUGAUCUAACCAUUAUCACUGCUGAUGGUACAUUGAGAGCUCACAAGGCAGUUUUGUCCGCAAGUUCUCCUGUGUUCCAGAGCAUGUUUCAUCACAACCUGAAGGAAAAAAAGUCGUCUACAAUCCAUAUAGAAGACAUGUCACUUGAAUCCUGCAUGGCUCUUCUAAGUUACUUGUAUGGAACAAUCAAACAAGAAGAUUUCUGUAAACACCGGCUUGCAUUGCUUGGAGCAGCAAAUAAAUAUGACAUUGGUGGUCUUAAAGAUUUCUGCGAGGAAAGCCUACUGGAAGAUCUUAACUUAGUAAAUGUUCUUGAGAUGCUAAAUGAGGCUUGGUUUUAUCAAUUACACAAGUUAAAGAAAGGAUGUUUUAAAUUCUUAUUUGAAUUUGGUAAGAUAUAUGAUGUUAGAGAUGAUGAAUUAAGUUCCUUUUUCCAGCAUGCUGAUAGGGAGCUAAUGCUGGAGAUGUUUCAGGAGGUGCUUAAACUUUCGAAACCAGUAUAGGUUAGCAUGAUGAGAGUAUUCUUGGCCCCUUGGAUCCUGUAAAUGAUAUAUUGAUGUGUAUAAUGACAUUUCCUCUUUCUACAUUUCUGCACAACAAUGAUAAGGAUUCAUAAGCCUUCA